CCGUGGAGCAAAUGGAGAGAGGGUUGCUGCCUUCAGGAGCGAUUGUAAAUAUGACUCUGAGCUUUCACAGAACAGGACCAUGCAAUGAUAUAUUAUUUAUCACUCUACGGCAAUAGUGUGCACUGCUGUGCAACUAUCAGCCAGUAUCUCUAUCGUAAGCGUAUAGGUCUUAUUUGCGUAUUUACCAUCUAUUUAUUGUCCACUGUAGCACAAGUAGCACUUUGCCGUUUAGCUUGUUUGAAUCAAAUAACCAAACGAGCCUUUAUUAUUUGUACACUGACUUGAACAUACGCUAGGGUGGUAUUUAUUACCGCAGAAAGUGGCAUCUACGAGUUUUCACGAGGAUUUUGAACGCAGCAUCAAAAGUAAGACUUUGCUCCGGGACGUUGGCGAAGUUUAAACUGUCAACAAACUGAAACAAGUUAUCGCCAUGUUCGCACACGCAUCGGCUAGCUUGUGUAAACUGGUUUUUCCACAGCAAAUGUGAGUCUACUCAGAGUGUCGGAGGAAAGAGAGAUAUGUUGAACGUCAGAGGUGUAAAUAAAACAGAGGACAGACAUGGAAACCUGCGUUAUGUCAGCGCUGGACAGACCCGCGGCGGAGCUGACCGUUAUGGAUGUGUACGACAUAGCGGCGGUGCUCGGACAGGAGUUUGAGCGGAUCAUCGAUAGGUUUGGGUGCGAGUCUCUGGUCGGGGUGGUGCCCAAAGUGUUGCGGGUCCUGGAGCUGCUGGAGGCGCUGGUGAGCCGGGGAGCCGCCAGACAGGAGGCCGAGGAGCUGCGGAGGGAGCUGGAUAGGCUGCGUCAGGAGCGGAGCGACAGAUACAAGCAGGAGAGGAAGCACCAGAAGGAAUUGGAGCUGGUGGAGGAUGUGUUGAGAGGAGAAGUCCAGGACCUGCUCUCUCAAAUCGCUCAGCUUCAGGCAGAGAACAAAAGGCUGUUAGUGAGCCUGUCUCUCCAAGAGUCCCCGGUCACAGAGGAAGACCUGCAGAAACAGGAGGGAAUGUCAGAGAAGGAGAGGCAGGUGAUGAAGAAGUUGAAAGACUUGGUGGAUAAGCAGAGGGAUGAAAUCCGGGCUAAAGACCACGAGCUGACACUGAAAAACGAGGAUGUUGAGGCGCUCCAGAUGCAGCAGCAUCGGCUCAUAAGAAUCAACCAGGACCUUCGUCACAGGAUAGGAGUGAUGGAGGCUCAGGGCAAGGCACUGAUCCAGCAGAGGGCUGAGCUGGAAGCUGCAGCCCAGGCACAGCAGCAGGAGUUGGGGGCUCUGCAGCUGGAGGUCACGAGGCUGAGAAAGGAGCUCCGGGGGUGGGAACUGGAGAGAGAGGUCACUAACAUAGAAGAAACCUUUCUUACCAGAUCUGGGGUGUCAUCAACUACAUCACCACAGAUGAAGUGCCUAAGUGGAUGUUUUGUGUCACCAAUCCAGUCUUCAGCAGCAGUACCAUCUAACUCCAUCAAAUCAGAUUCAGUGUGGGCGGAGUGUGGAGGGGACCCUGACUUCCUGGCGAACUGCUAUGAGAGUGACAAGAGUCCUUCCCUUCUCCCGAGGUCUUCCAACAGAGAAAAUAAUGAGGAAGAGGGUGACGAAGAUGAGGACACAGCAUUGUUUCUGAAGGUGUCAACCAAUACAGAGGCAGAGGAGGAGACAGACAGCCUGGAGGAGGAGUCAGACAAACCUCGCUUCACCCUGCAGGAGCUGCGGGACGUCCUGCAGGAGAGGAAUGAACUCAAGGCCCAAGUGUUCGUGCUACAGGAAGAGCUGGCAUAUUACAAAAGUGAGGAGUUUGAGGAUGACGCCAGCUCCAUUUUUUGUACUCCAUCUCCUCCGCCAUGCUCCAGUUCCACCGAUAAGCCUGAAUCAGGAAUUAGACGCUUGCUCUUCACUGCCAUAAUGCCGAUGGUGGCAGCCGGUUUGAUUGCAGACGAUCCCACGUUGUUGCCAAUCAGAAGACUUGUUUCCUCUGUAUGAUCUUAGAGUUGAAAUUCUUCUUAUACAAUUGCUCUUAUUUUUUCCCACACCAUGUCAACACCACAUGUUUGUUUCUCUCAACACAGUAUGUCAAUAGACGUAUUUACAGGAAUUGGUUUAAUGGCUGCAUUGCUUGGCUAUUUUAAACUAAAUCUGUAUGGUGUUUAUACACUUGAAACUGUGAUGAAUGAACCACUGUUGUCAUUACUGGUGUCAGCUUUUAAAAUACAUUUCAGUAGCACUUUAGCUAACUUGGUAAGAGCUUUAAAUGAAUCUAAGUAGUUAAAAUGUGAGACAACUGGCUAUGCCUGGGCCCUCUUAUGUGUAUUUAUGACCUCUUAAGGUUUUGUGGCUCCAUAAAAAGUCAUCACCUAUCAGUGCUUCACUUUAUAUUUAACAAUGAAAAAGCAGCUUCACUAGUUCUGAUGCUGCUGUAAUGUCAAAUAACUUAGCAUCCAAGUUUCUCAUGAUAUUGCUUGAUCCAAAUACAUAAAUGGUGUCACUGCACUACAUAAUGCACAAUAUUUGCUUGCCAGUUUGGCAGGUAGCACCUUUUAUAGUGAGUAUUCCCCAGAGUAUGAAUUGAGUUUUCACAAGUACUUUCAAGUUCUUUAGCAGUCUCUAAAUAAUGAGUCUAGCUGCCAUAAGACCCAUAAAUGGGACAUCGCGUGUCAUUAGUGUGUAGGUGAUGUUAAGAUGUAUCUGAUGGAAAAUUAUUGUUAUGAUGUUUGAGUCUGGUUUCAAGGUGCAGGAAAUGAGCUGGAUGAUCAUGUUCUUCUGUUUCCACUAAGAGACUGUUUGAGAUCAAGUGCCUAGCACCAGCACUAAGUCAUCCUCUGCAUUGAUGAAAAGAGGAUGUUACUGUGUAUUUGCAUCACUACAGUCUGGCACCACACUCUGUGGUUAACAGUUGUACAAUCAUACGGGUAAAACACCACAAGAAACCUAUUCCAACAAUAAUGAGUACUGUAAAAACAUGCCCUAACAACCCAAUGCUUGUUCAGAAUAAAGUAAUAAAGUUUUAUUUUUCA